AUGGAUGAAAAUAUACGAAUCAAAGAGAAUGAAUUUGCGGUGAAUGUUCAGUUUCCAUUGUUUGCCUCUUCUUCUCACUCCUCACGCAAAAACAAGAAUGUAGCAACACCAUCCAGUCAUCGCCAUUUGCUCUCCUUCUCUCCAAGUCAAGGACGUUUUCAAUCAUCAGAGGAAGCCAUUCCAGCAAAAACGUUCUUGUCGACAGCUCUUGAUGUGCAAGAUGCACAAGAGGCAAGUAAGAGAGUACAAAGCUCCUCCAGUCAGCAACCAAAUGAUACUUCGAGCCAAACUAACUGCCUGUUUGCAAUUAAGGAAUUGAAAAGCUUGAGUCAAAUAGUGGCCAUGCAAUGUGUCAUUGGUGAGCUUGUGAUUUUAUUUGAGGACUGGGAAUCAUGCGAAAGGAAAGAAAGCAAAGAUCAAAAUCCCUCACUUCUUCUAUACCAUAUUCAUGGAUUCUCUAAUGUACGCUCCAUCAAUGAAAGAACAUCAUUAAUUCACAAAAUUGCUCUUCCAAAAAUCUCCACUUUUCAAAAAGCACAUCCUGCAUGUGACGAACAGGAACAUGAAAUUAUUGAACAGGGAAGGGAACUAACUCGAGACGACAUUAUUCACUUUAAUUUUCAUUGUGACUAUGGAAAGCGAGUGUACUUCCUUCAUCUCAGAAAUGGAAAAUUGCUAGUAAGAGGAUCGAAUGUAUUCAAUGAACUUGGUUUAACAGAAAGAAAGGAUUUCAUUGAUCACUGGACAAAUAUUCAUCUAUGUGACCACGGAGAUUACAUUACAAGCAUCAAAACAAAUACUCACAACACUGUAUUUGGUACGCAGAACGGAAAGUGGAUUCUUUGUGGCAGAGAUGCUUAUUUGGUGUACAAUCGAAUUGUAAAUGUUGAUAGUGUAACUUGGGACUCAUUGAAUGCAGAACUUCUGGAUCCACCUUACAUUCUUGACAUUAGCAUUGAAGGGGAAUGCAUUUUAAAGAUGGAACAACUGUUUGCAGGAACAAUUAUUCUCACAAAGAGCGGAAACAUCUAUUCAACAAUCAGAGAUAGGCUUAAUAUUUUCACUGAAUUGAUUAACGAUACAACCUCUCCUACCUGUUUAAUGGUCACACAACUUUCGCAUAAUCCCGAGAAGAGUGGAGAAAUUGUGAAAUCGUCAAUUGCCAGAGAAUGCUAUAAGAUUGAUUUACCUUUUGCUGUGUCUGAUGUCAUCGCGGUUGACAAUGCCAUGUUGCUUAAAAGAAAGGAGGAUUCGCAAUUAUUCUUAUUGAAACGGUCUCAAUUAUUCGAUUUGGAAAUUUCCAACGUCAAGAAAAUCAUUUGUUCCACGGACGAAUUUUUCGUUAUUUCCAAGAACAAUUCUUUGUAUUCCAUCUACAGUGGCGCUACCUUCCCAAGCUUGAAACCAAUCGAACUUCCAAGAGAAUUGAAACAUUACGUUCCUAACAACAAACAAUCGAAACAAAUCAAGCUCGCCAACAUGGCAUCCACCAAUCCAAGACAAAAGAAGAAGGAAGAAAUUCCAGAAGAGACGGAACCAACCCAUAACCUUUGGGAAAAUUGCGCCUCUCUCGACAUUCGUACUGUCAUUAGCAUGACCCCCAAUUUCUCUAUCAUUGUCGUUGAGGAAGGUCACAAUGAACUUGAGAGCCAUUUUGUGAACUCCCUUACUGGACAAACUUCUUCUCUUUUAUACGACAUUGAAAUUUGUUUCUCUCAUUCCACCCAACACUAA